UAGGUUUGAAGUGGCUAAAGUGUCAUAAACCAACUUAACGAUAUCCAAAGUAACUGUAUAGCCGCCCUGGAAACUCUUGAAAAACAUUAUCAAUUUGUCCAAUUUACAAUUUGUGUUUAGGUCAUUCGUUGUUGAAAGUUUCGAGUUGUAUCAGUCUUUGGAUAAUGCAACCAAUAUACCGCUUAAAAGAACCACAAAUUGAUAGGGAAGAGGACGUCAGGACAAUUAUACAGACGUUUCUUUUUCAGUUCUCGGAGAAGGCGUACGGUGGGCCUUCGUUCAAUCGCCCGGCUUGCUGUUUUGCGCCGCAUAUUUAUGGAGCCGGCAAAACAUUUGUAGGCCAAAACUUUUUGGUCUAUUUGAAUAUUUUUGCAGAGCGUGAGUGUUCCAAUGCACAGACUUUUCAACAAUUACACAGUUCAAACGAUAACCCCCAACCGAGUGCUUUGAAGGUGCCUUGGAAACACUUUGCGGAACAAACUUUGUUUCUAUAGGCUUUGUUAUAUAAUAUAAUUUUGAACGCUUAU